AUGUCAUGCGCCGUCGCUGCUGACCUGCCGGCCUUGAUCGAGCUGGAGGCGCUCACAGGCGGCAGCUGGACCCCGCAGCAAGUAGAGGCAGAGCUGCUUCGAGAGCGCGCCACGGUGCUGGUGGCGGACGAUGGCUCUGGGCCCGUGGGCUGGGCUGUGGGCUGGGCGGUGCCCCAGGAGCUGCACCUCAUGAACAUUGCCGUGCACCCAAACCACCAGCGCUGCGGCCACGCCCGCGCCCUGCUCACCACGCUCUUCAACCAGCACAGGCAGGAUGCGGAGAGUGUGCUGCUGGAGGUCCGGGCCUCCAACGAGGCCGCCCUGCGCCUCUACAGCUCCCUCGGCUUUGAGCGGGUGGGCCUGCGGCGGCAGUACUACCCGGAUGGGGAGGAUGCGGUGCUGAUGACGCUGCUGCUGCGGGAGCGGCGCAUGGCGUGA